CCCGGCGAUGGUUUAUAUGGCUCAAUCACAUUGGGCCAGUUCCAUCGCCUGCUUUGCUAUCUGCGCCUGGUGGACCUCUUGCGACCUUGCGAGAGCGUCCUGGGCGACAUCGGUGCGGGCAUAGCGAGGCCGGUGGUCAUUGCUACCUUCUGCUUUGGUGUGGAGGCUACUGGAUGGGAAACCAGCGUCAACAGGGUGUACGUUGGCACCUCUAUCAUUAGUAGGAUAGCCGACAGGUGCACAGCACCCGGCAACAAGGAGGUGGAGCCCCCCAUCAUGGCAACCGUCUUCCACUGCGCAGCGCAGUACAGCAAAAAGCCCCCCACCAUUGCUAAAGC